CUGAGAGUUUGGAGCCCGGAGUGGGGUGUCGGCGCCUCACUCGGGUGGAGCUGAACGGGAGACAGGUAACCGUGUGCCGCAGACGGGCUCCGUCCAGGGCUGGGAGGCUCGGCGCUUGACACCCGGAGCUCGCGGCCGAGGGUACUUGUGGAAGGCUUCAGGACAAAAUGUUUCAUUUAAGGACUUGUGCUGCUAAGUUAAGGCCAUUGACGGCCUCCCAGACUGUUAAGACAUUUUCACAAAACAAACCAGCAGCAAUUAGGACGUUUCAACAGAUCCGGUGCUACUCCGCACCUGUAGCUGCUGAACCAUUUCUUAGUGGGACUAGUUCGAACUAUGUGGAGGAAAUGUACUGUGCCUGGUUGGAGAAUCCCAAAAGUGUACAUAAGUCAUGGGACAUUUUUUUCCGAAACACCAAUGCUGGAGCCCCCCCGGGCACUGCCUACCAGAGCCCCCUUUCCCUGAGUCGAAGCUCCCUGGCUACCGUGGCCCAUGCACAGUCCCUGGUGGAAGCACAACCUAACGUCGACAAACUCGUGGAAGACCACUUGGCGGUGCAAUCUCUCAUCAGGGCAUAUCAGGUCAGGGGUCACCACAUUGCAAAACUUGAUCCUCUCGGAAUUAGUUGUGUAAAUUUUGAUGAUGCUCCGGUAACUGUUUCUUCAAACGUGGAUCUUGCAGUUUUCAAGGAACGACUUCGAAUGCUAACAGUAGGAGGGUUCUAUGGCCUACAUGAGUCUGACCUUGACAAGGUCUUCCACUUACCCACCACCACUUUCAUCGGGGGACAGGAGCCAGCACUUCCUCUUCGGGAGAUCAUCCGUCGGCUGGAGAUGGCCUACUGCCAGCACAUUGGUGUGGAGUUCAUGUUCAUUAAUGAUUUGGAGCAGUGCCAGUGGAUCCGGCAGAAGUUUGAGACCCCUGGAAUCAUGCAGUUCACCAAUGAGGAAAAGCGCACCCUGCUGGCCAGGCUUGUACGAUCCACCAGGUUUGAAGAGUUCCUACAGCGAAAGUGGUCCUCGGAGAAGCGUUUUGGUCUGGAAGGCUGUGAGGUGCUGAUCCCUGCCCUCAAGACAAUCAUUGACAUGUCAAGUGCAAAUGGAGUGGACUAUGUGAUCAUGGGGAUGCCUCACAGAGGACGGCUGAACGUGCUUGCAAAUGUCAUCAGGAAGGAACUGGAGCAAAUAUUCUGUCAGUUUGACUCAAAGCUGGAGGCAGCUGAUGAGGGUUCCGGGGACAUGAAGUACCAUCUGGGCAUGUAUCACCGCAGAAUCAACCGUGUGACCGACAGAAACAUCACUCUGUCCUUGGUGGCUAACCCUUCCCACCUAGAGGCUGCUGACCCUGUCGUGAUGGGAAAGACCAAAGCUGAACAGUUCUACUGUGGAGACACUGAAGGGAAAAAGGUGAUGUCUAUCCUGCUGCAUGGGGAUGCUGCUUUCGCUGGCCAGGGCAUUGUAUAUGAGACCUUCCAUCUCAGCGACUUGCCGUCCUAUACAACCCAUGGCACUGUUCAUGUGGUUGUCAACAACCAGAUUGGCUUCACCACAGACCCUCGGAUGGCCCGCUCCUCUCCCUAUCCCACUGAUGUGGCCCGAGUGGUGAAUGCCCCCAUUUUCCAUGUCAACUCAGAUGAUCCUGAAGCUGUCAUGUAUGUAUGCAAGGUGGCAGCUGAGUGGAGAAACACCUUCCACAAGGAUGUUGUUGUUGAUCUGGUGUGUUAUCGACGAAAUGGCCACAACGAGAUGGACGAACCUAUGUUUACACAGCCACUCAUGUACAAGCAGAUCCGCAAGCAGAAGCCAGUGCUGCAGAAGUAUGCAGAACUGCUGGUCUCUCAGGGUGUCGUCAAUCAGCCUGAGUACGAGGAGGAAAUCUCCAAGUAUGAUAAGAUCUGUGAGGAAGCAUUUACCAGAUCCAAAGAUGAGAAGAUCUUGCACAUCAAACACUGGCUGGAUUCCCCCUGGCCUGGCUUUUUCACCCUGGAUGGACAGCCCAGGAGCAUGACCUGCCCUUCCACUGGCCUGGAGGAGGAUGUGUUAUUCCACAUUGGGAAGGUGGCCAGCUCUGUACCUGUGGAGAACUUUACUAUCCAUGGAGGGCUGAGCCGGAUCUUGAAGACUCGCAGAGAGCUUGUGACAAACCGGACUGUGGACUGGGCCCUGGCAGAGUACAUGGCGUUUGGAUCACUCCUGAAGGAAGGCAUCCAUGUGCGGCUGAGUGGCCAGGAUGUGGAGCGGGGCACCUUCAGCCAUCGCCACCAUGUGCUCCAUGAUCAGAAUGUUGACAAAAGAACCUGCAUCCCCAUGAACCACCUUUGGCCAAAUCAGGCCCCUUAUACCGUAUGCAACAGCUCGCUGUCUGAGUAUGGUGUCCUGGGCUUUGAGCUGGGCUUUGCCAUGGCUAGCCCUAAUGCUCUGGUUCUCUGGGAGGCCCAGUUUGGUGACUUCAACAACAUGGCACAGUGCAUCAUUGACCAGUUCAUCUGCCCAGGACAGGCAAAGUGGGUGCGGCAGAAUGGCAUUGUGCUCCUGCUACCUCAUGGCAUGGAAGGCAUGGGUCCCGAGCAUUCCUCUGCCCGUCCAGAGCGGUUUCUGCAGAUGUGCAAUGAUGACCCAGAUGUCCUGCCUGACCUGCAGGAAGAAAACUUUGACAUCAAUCAGCUCUACGACUGCAACUGGAUUGUUGUCAACUGUUCCACCCCUGGCAACUUCUUCCAUGUGCUGCGACGACAGAUCUUGCUGCCCUUCCGGAAGCCGUUAAUCGUCUUCACUCCCAAAUCCCUCCUGCGCCACCCUGAGGCAAGAACUAGCUUUGAUGAGAUGCUGCCAGGAACACACUUCCAGCGUGUGAUCCCAGAAAAUGGACCUGCAGCUCAGGACCCACACAAAGUCAAAAGACUUCUCUUCUGCACUGGCAAGGUGUACUAUGACCUCACCCGAGAGCGCAAAGCCAGGAACAUGGAGGAGGAGGUGGCUAUUACGAGGAUUGAGCAGCUAUCACCAUUCCCCUUUGACCUCCUGCUGAAAGAGGCACAGAAGUAUCCCAAUGCUGAGCUGGCCUGGUGCCAGGAAGAGCACAAGAACCAAGGCUACUAUGACUAUGUCAAGCCAAGACUUCGGACCACCAUUGACCGUGCUAAGCCUGUCUGGUAUGCUGGCCGAGACCCAGCAGCCGCUCCAGCCACUGGCAACAAGAAAACUCACCUGACAGAGCUGCAGCGCUUUCUGGACACAGCCUUUGACCUGGAUGCCUUCAAGAAAUUCUCUUAGAUGCUCCUGGAGUUGAUGAGGCCAUGGCCCCCAUGUCCAUGACGCUCUUUGCUUCUCAACUAAAGAAUAGCGCCUCAGCACUGUCCACACGUCCCUUCGCUGUGCCACACCGCCCCUGUUCUCAUAGGAAUUAAGUUGUCCGCUGCAGUGCUCAGCUGCUCCCAGCCACAUGCUGCCCAGCCUGUGCUGACUUCUCUCAGGCUGCACACCUUUCAUGGAGACUGGAAGGAGCAGGAUGAGGAAGGGAGCCCUCUCAGGACAUCCUAGGGAAGGAAGGCAGCUCUGGCCCCACCCAUGCCCCAGUGUAAUCCUCCAGGGUAGGAACAGAAACCCUAUGUGGCUUCCCAGGGUACUAGCACUCAGCCCUCAUCACUCAUCAAGUCACAGAUUCAAGACUAGGAGUAGUUUCAUCUUGCUAGGGCCAAGCCAAGAGCUCAUGGAGGAACUGUAGCUGCCAGGAUUUGGGUGUCAUCAGGAUGUUGUGUGAGUAGAGCUUGUGGUGGGGUAUUUGGAGAGGCUUUAGCAGUGAUGUUAGGCCUAGCUCUGCUAUCCUUCUUGGGUUUGGGCUGUAUGUGGGAAAUUUGCCCCGGCUACCAUUCCUGGAGAGCUUGGCUCUGAGGACGGCCCAGAAGCUCCCUUGAGUCCCAACCCUGGCACUGGCUGCCUCUUGGUCCUGCUGCCUCUUCUCUCCUGACCCCCCUCCCCCAGCCACUUCAUUUUCUCUGUUGUUCCCUUGAACACAUGGAAGCUGUUGACGAAUUCUUUUCUUUGCUGUGCCAAGGCAAGUCAAAAGCAGAUCAGUGGAUAAGGGUAAGGUGUCCCAAGGACCCAGCUGUCCUUCCUCCCUCUUUUGACCUCCACAGGGACACAACUGAUUUAUUUAUUUUGGUUAAAAAAAAAAAACAAAAACAAAAAGGAAAUGAAAAAAGAACAACCAACUUCACAUUGCAUCGGCUUGACCCAUAAACUAAGUUAUCAUGGCCAGCC